AAGAAGAGAAAAUUUUGAGGGUUAGGUCGAAGAAUUGCUGAUGCUGUUCUUCGAGGUUUUGGAAUAGGGGUUUAGCAGAACCAUUAAGGAAUCGGUCGGGGCUCUUUCCCUCUUGCAGCGAAGCCUUUCUUCGCCGCCGCCGCCCUGCGUCUGUAACACCCAGCAGCGUCCUAUCGCGCGUUGGAGGGAGAAUGUCUUCCCUGAGGAACGCGAUCAGUCGGCGCGCUCACAAGGAACGAGCUCAGCCGCAGUCGCGGAAGAAGUUCGGGCUCCUCGAGAAGCACAAGGACUAUGUCGUCCGGGCGAGAGCCUUCCACAAGAAGGAGGAGGCCCUGCGGAAGCUCAAGGAGAAGGCGGCUUUCAGGAACCCAGAUGAGUUCUACUUCAAGAUGGUCAAAACCAAGACCGUCGAUGGAGUUCACAGGCCGGAGAGCCAGGCAAAUAAGUACACCCAUGAAGAACUCAUGUUGAUGAAGACGCAGGACAUUGGAUAUAUUCUUCAGAAAGUGCAGAGUGAGAAAAAGAAAAUCGAAAAGCUAACCGCCAUGCUGCAUUCUCUCGAUGAUCGCCCAUCGAGCAAUCAUGUUUACUACGCGGAAGACAGGGAGGAGGCAAAAGAGAUGCAAUCAUCGUCUUCCAAGAAUGGGAAAAUAUCUUUCAAUGAUAUUCCUGAUAAUAUCAAAAGGAAAACAGCUGCUUCAUACAGAGAACUAGAGGCAAGAAAAAGUAGAGUAAAUGAUUUGGAGAAGAUAUACAUGGAUAUGUCGCUGCAGAAGGAAUUGCAGAAGAAGGGCAAGAAGCGAAAACUUCGUGAAGCUGAGAUUGUCUGCCCCUCCUCAAAACCAGUAUACAAAUGGCGGUUGGAACGGAAGCGAUGAUUACAGUUUCUAUCUGAGCUCGACGCAUCUCUUUUGCGCAAGCAAUGGUUCUCAUAUACAGUCAAAUCUCAUCUGCAAAACUUACCUGUUUGGAUGACGAUUCAGGUGGCAGAUGAACCGCUGUGAACUGGGAUCACAAUUUUUUGAUGCAUGAUAUUUGAUGUAAAAUUUGUGUUGCAGUUCGUGUAACGCUAACACAAUUUGUUGAACAUAAGUUGGUCUAUUUUUGUCUCUAUCUCGUUGUGGGAAGAAUAUAUGAAGCUGUCAUCUUUUAAACGUCAUGCCGUUGUGCCGGUAUUUUAUGGAGUGCAUAAACAAGAAGUGGAUUUAUUUGAAAGACUGUUUCGAGAA